AGCGAAAUCAGGUAGAAAGGUCCUUAGAGUGUGUAGAUACUACGUGUACAGAACAACUGCCUCAUAUACCUUGACUGUGUAGUUUCUUUUAUGGAUUCGUUUUGAAAAUGCCAACCGCCACGUGUGACCAAGAUAGAUUUAUUUCGUUUUUCAAGCUCAUUCCCCGCGAAGUGUGGAGCGCCAAGCUAGGCCUCUCCUGUGACGACGAUAUCAAUAAAAGCGGCGACUUGACAGCGCGUGAAAGCGAACCCGGACCCAGUGCUGAAUUAAAUUUAGCCUGCUGUCCGGAUGAUGAUCUUUCGGAGUCUAGCCCUUCCCCUCUUCCGUCGUACGACUUCAUCCCCCAGGAAGAGUAUUCGGCUAUCAUAGCAGACACAACUCGCCUGGAAAUUAACUUCCCCGAGCCAUCUUUAUCAUGUGAUCUAGUACAAGCGACGAAAAAUAAUAACGUUCCAGCUUGCCGGUCUGAGAGGAACGAAGAGGGUAAUUCUCAGCUUCUUUUGCCGCUGCACGUUCGCGGGGACGAAACUUUUUCUUUCCACGGAACAAAGGACAGAAAAGCCAUUGGUGAAGACGAUGCUGAUUGGAGUCCUGCGUCCGUUUCUACCCGUGCUUUCUCAGACGCGGCGGAGGAACUACUGGAGGAUGAUGCAGAUGAAACCGGGUGCAGUCCAGCGUCUGCUUCAGUGGAGUUCUGUGCGCUCUCUCCGGCUGAUUGUUCGGAGAAACAGCAAUCGAAAGAAAAACCAGUGUUAGGGCAUAAGAGCACUGAUGCGCAGCCUCUCGUCGUGCCGGUUGUCGGCGAUUCCGCGGCAUCAAGAUGCAGCCGCUCCGGCAGAACUUUUCUCCUCGACGUGCCCAAAGCCACCAUGCCGGACAGUUAUUUCGCGAGGAGAAGGGAGGAAGCGUCUCCGCACGAGACUGCCUGCAUGUACGACAUUUAUUUGCACGCGGACGCAGGAUCUGGAUCAUCUUCUAGUUCUACACCCUCGGCAACCUCCGACGAUGCAACGGCUGACUUCGACGCCUCAGAUGCGUUUCUGCUCAAACCUGAGCACCGAAUACCUGUCGGAUUUGGCUUCUGGGACGCGGCGCACGCCCUAGCGGUGUUUUUGCAGCAAUUUGUUCUGGAUUCAAGGCGACCUGAAAACAGCGUUGUUGAUCACGCGGCGGCGGCGGCGGCGGAUAAGAAGCUUCAUACCUCCUACGCACUAGGUGUAUCAAGCCAAAAAUUCGUCGACCUACAGGAUAAGCGUGUGAUCGAGCUUGGGUGUGGAAGCUGCCCGCUGCCAGGGCUGGUGUGUGCGCAGGACGCUUAUGGUGCGCGACGCCCGGUUCUUGCUGUGGACUACGAACCUGGAGUUUUGGAGCUGGCGAGCCACAACGUUGCGCUGAAUGGGUGUGCAGAUGAAAUUGUGAAGGUUCAACGCUACGGGUUCGGCGAGCCGGUGACGGAAUUACGAAUGGACCACGGGAGCAACGCUGAUUCUUCUACACGUGGAAAUCGUGUCCUCGACGCGGCGAAAAACUACGAAAGCAGAAGCCAAAAUCACUUCGACGUGAUCCUCGGAGCAGAUAUUGCGUACGUCCCCGCAGAUAUUCAGAAAAAGCUUCGAGAGUCCCUAAUCGCUCUCGCAAAUCCGUGCGGAAAAACGACGUUGAUCCUCGCGCAUUCCAGACGAAAGAAGAAGGAAGAAACCCGGUUUUUGCGCGAGCUGUGCUCUGCAGACGGGUGGGAAUUACAAUAUGUAUUUGAAGAUCAGAUGGAAAAUCGACAUACUUUUUUUGGCGCGGUGGCACAUAAUGCACAGCCAGACAUGAUGAAAACGGAAAUCGACAUAUUCAUUUUCGAACGAUAUUAAGGACAUGUAGUAAAACUAUGACAGUAAAUUGACACACACAACAACUGGCGACGGAAGGGCAUGAUAAUAGAAA